AUGGCGCCUACACAACCACAAACCAAGGUCCGGAAACCUCCCAGGUCUUGGGACGCCCUCACGCCUCCUCUUGCCCAAUGGAUUCUCGACUACCUCUCGUCAAUGGGCUUCACCCAGCCUACUCCCGUUCAAAAGUCUUGCCUUGAGCUCUUCCGUGGAAACAAGGAUGUUGUAGUCGAGGCCGUAACAGGCAGUGGAAAGACACUGGCCUUCUUGAUUCCUGUAAUUGAGAAACUCCUGCGCGGCGAAGAACCGGCCAAGCGACACCAUGUCCAAGGCAUCAUCAUCUCGCCCACCCGCGAACUUGCGACCCAGAUUUACAAUGUCGCCACUACCAUCAUGAAGUUUCACGAACCCUCCGCCGAAGCCAUGUCCCACGCCAAAAGCGACGAGAAGCGCCCAACAGCAACUCAACCUGUCGUUGUCCCCCAACUACUUGUCGGAGGCACCACCAAGGCCGCCGAGGAUCUCGGCACAUUCCUUCGCCUUUCCCCAAAUCUCCUAAUUGGCACUCCCGGUCGCCUUGCCGAACUCUUGUCGAGCGCAUACGUCAAGGCUCCCGCGUCUACCUUCGAGGUUCUCAUCAUGGACGAGGCCGAUCGCCUUCUCGAUAUGGGUUUUGCGAACGAGCUCAACCGCAUUCUCGGCUAUCUCCCGAAGCAGCGCCGUACCGGUCUUUUCAGUGCCUCGCUCAGUGACGCCGUCGAAAGGCUGAUUACCGUCGGUCUACUAUACCCACACAAGAUCACCGUCAGAGUCAAGAGUCUCAAGGACGGUGGCAUUAUUCAAGAGAGGAAAACACCAAUGUCUCUACAGAUGAGCUAUCUCGUCACCCCAGCCAGCCAGAAAAUGCCAGCGAUUGUCCAGCUCCUCGAAAAGCUCGAACCCAGGCCGCAGCGAUCCAUCAUCUUCUUCUCUUCCUGCAUGGCCGUCAAGUACUUCAGUCGCAUCCUCGGCGCCGUCCUGCCCGCCGGUUUCUCCGUCACCUCCCUGCACGGCAAGCUCGAACCCAAAGUCCGCGAAAAGAACUAUGAGCGUUUCGUCAACACCACCUCGCCCAUGGUCCUCCUCACCACCGAUCUCGCCGCCCGCGGUCUCGAUAUCCCCCAAGUCGACCUCGUCAUCCAGCACGACCCGCCCACCGACACCAAGGUCUUCAUCCACCGCUGUGGUCGUGCCGGCCGCGCCGGCCGUCGCGGUCUCGCCGUCGUUCUGCUCCAGCCCGGUCGCGAGGAAGGCUACGUACAGCUCCUCGAAGUCCGCCAAACUCCCAUCGCGCCCCUGGAGAAGCCCGCCAUCACCGUUACCUCGGAUGAAGUCGAGCGCGUCUCGGCCGCCUUCCGGUCGCAAGCCCUCGCCGACCGCGAGAUCUUCCAAAUGGCCCAGCUCGCCUUCGUCUCCUGGACGCGCUCCUACAUCGAGCACCAAGCCUCUUCCAUCUUCCGCAUCGCCGACCUCGACUGGCUAGACCUGGCCAAGGGCUACGGUCUUCUCGAGCUGCCCAAGAUGCCCGAAGUCCGCGAAGCUAAGAUCGACCGCUCUUUGGGUCUGGGAAUCAACACGGAAGAGAUCCCCUUCAAGGAGAAGGUGCGCGAGAAGAAGAGACAGGAAGAGCUGGCCAAGUGGAAGGAGGAGAAGGCGAAGCGCGCCCAGGAAGAGAAUACGGGCGACAAGCGCAAGAAGAACGAGGCGUGGAGCGGCAAAACAGAGCAGGAGGAGACGAAACUGCAGAGGCGCGAGAAGAAGAGGAGAAAGAGGGAGGCCAAGAAGUUCAGCGAGAUGACGGAGAAGGAGAAGGAGGAGCAUCUGAAGCUGGAGCAGAUGAUUGAGGAGGUGAGGAAACGGAACGAGGCCAAGGCGGCGGAGGAGAGGGCGGCUGCGCUUGCGGCGAACCCGCCCAAGCCGAAGGCGCCGGCGAAGAACGUGGAUGAUAGUGAUGAUGAGUUUGGCGGGUUUGAUGAUUGA